AUGGAUUCGGACCGCUACUCUACUUCAUCUUCCUGGAGCAUGACGGUUGAUGUGUACUCCAUUGAUGAUGAUCAAUUAAAAUGCCCAAUUUGCGGAUUCUUCUUCAGACAGGUGGGAUUUUUCAAGAGAAAUCAAGAUUUUUUUGGGUAUAUGUAUUACCUUACAAGUUUUAGGUAAUAUUUUGGUGAACAUGAGCAAAAAAAUCCUUGAAAAUAAGUUAACACCUUAGAGUUGAAUUCGGUUUGAUAUUGAGAAUGUUUUCAGCCCGUUAGACUUGAUUGUGGACAUUCAUUUUGCAAAAACUGCAUUGACAAAUGGCUCCGAUCCUGCAAUUCCUGCUCCCUUUGUCGACAACCCACUCUACAACCGAGGAGAAAUCAAGAUUUGGAAAGAGUAAGAGUUUUGUUUUGGAAUUGGAGUGUAAUAACUGUGAGAUUCGACGGAUUUUUCGUUUUUUGGGAGAGAACAUUAAAUUAGGGGUCUAUAUUUUUCUCCCAGAAUUAAAAAUAUUUUUCCCCAGAAAAGAGCAUUAUAUCAGUCUGUCGGAAAAAUAACGGCGGAUCGUCGCAGCAAAAUGUCUCGCCUCGCCGCUAUCGCGAAUCAAAUCCCAAGCCGCGGCUUGCAGUCGCAAUGCGAUGAUGGGCGAUUCCGGGGCGCGACGAUCCGCCGUUAUUUUCCCGACAGACUGAUAGAAAAACUCCUAUUUUCUCCCAGAAAAAAUAUAUUUUCUCCCAGAAAGAAAAUAUUUUUCCCCAGAAAAGAGAAUUAUGAAAAAAAUGCUAUUUUCUCCCAGAAAAGAAACUAUUUUCUCCCAGAAAGCACAAUUUUGUAAAAAUAAAACACGGAAGUAGUAAAAAUUGAUGAAUAAGUAACUUUACUAGUAAAAUAAAUUAAGUAGUAGUGUAAAACAAUAUUUGCAGUAAGUUUUUGAGGAAAUACUGGAAAUCGAUGUAAUCGACGGUGCUGAUUUCGAAAAUGAUUCUCCUUUUUUGUGAUUUUUACUUUUUUGUGCUCAAAGAGUGCAUUGAUGUGUACAUCGACAGCAUUUACAAUAAGAGAAUCCUUAUACUCAUCGGGGAAAAAAAUACAUUCAAGAAUAAAACAUGAGAGAUAUUCAGAAAUUUCUACCUUCUAAACGAUAGUGAUGUCGAAGACGUAGAGAGACCCUAACGACAAGUCAAUAUGUCAGUUAUUUUGAAUCCAAUAUUAUGACUUAUCUGGGGCCCAUGCAUCGUAUUUUACAUUACUACUUACAAUAAAGUUGGAAAUCCCACGUUUUUCCAAUCUUUUUCAGAUUUUCAACUUCCAGAUGAUAUUACUUUAGACGAAUUCUGAAUUGAGUUUAAAAAAAAGUAAGAUAACGAUUUAUACAAAGACAUGUAUGAAUGAAUUCUUUAAUGGUUUAUUCUUGGAUAUCUUUUGUUCCCAAUGGAAAUAAGGAUGGGUUUCUCUUAUUGUAAAUCUGAAUGUUCUUCCUGGCGCAGAAGACGACACAGACAGGAUGUCAAUGCACUCUUUGAGCACAAAAAAGUAAAAAUCACAAAAAAUGAGAAUCAUUUUCGAAAUCAGCACCGUCGAUUACAUCUAUUCCCAGUAUUUCCUCAAAAACUUACUGCAAAUAUUGUUUUACACUACUACUUAAUUUAUUUUACUAGUAAAGUUACUUAUUCAUCAAUCUUUACUAAUUCCGUGCUUUAUUUUUACAAAAUUAUGCUUUCUGGGAGAAAAUAUUUUCUUUUCUGGGAGAAAAUAGCAUUUUUUUCAUAAUUCUCUUUUCUGGGGAAAAAUAUUUUCUUUCUGGGAGAAAAUAUAUUUUUUCUGGGAGAAAAUAGGAGUUUUUCUAUAAUGCUCUUUUCUGGGGAAAAAUAUUUUUAAUUCUGGGCGAAAAUAUUUUUCCCUUAAAUUAGGCCGUCUGAGGUUGGAUAGUGAAAUUUGAUGUGAUUUUAAGUUGGUUUCGCGUUUGAAUGUUGAGCUCUAAGGUUUAAACAGAUUUGAUAUGAUAUUUGCCUACUAAUUCUUACAAUUUAGAUAAUGGAAAAGCGCAAACCGACCUCGUCUGCAUCUACAACUUCAUCCCUCCUUCAGCGAACACUCCUCCCCUUCAGGCAGCGGUUCUUCAAUAAACCCAAGAAAGAGGUACGCCAGUUGCAACGAGAGAGCAUCAGAGCCAGUAUUCGAAGGACAAAGAAGGUCAACCCCGCAAUGAUGUACAAAAUCGUCGAAGAUGAUCAAAAGAGCAAGGAAAAUGAAGAAAUUCAGCCGAAUAUGGAACGAAACAUGCUCAGAAGAAGCGUCAGACGUCUCAAGAAAGCAAUUAUAGAUAGAUCCUAG